AUGACGCAUGCCCGGAAGAAACAGCUUUUCCUUCUGAAACACCCAGCUGGUUGUGCUGGCCAGGCCUCGGGCGGCAGGAGGAUGGACAGGGCCGGCACGGAGCGCGGGGAGCAGCGGGACGGAGACGCCUCCGAGGCUCCCAGCGGUCCCGGGGGCUUCGUGGGGACUCACAAAGGCAAGAGCCCGCGUGAGGUGCGCAAGACGUACCCGCUGCGCCGGCGCCUGCUCCCCUCGGUCAGCAAAAAGACCUGCAAGGUGCUGCUCACCCGGCUGGAGGAUGUGGCCGGGUCUCUGUCCAAGCAGAGCCAGAGCUGUAAAAAAAAGCACCUUCCCAGCUGGAUGGAGGGUUUGUUCUCUGAACAAGCACAACCCGUGGGAGCGGGGAAGAGCGAUCCGCCCGGGGAGAAGGGCCCAGGGACUCACCCAGGGCCGGAGCAGGACCUCGAUGCUGCUCCGUCGGAGCCCAGGAAGCGCCGCCUGGCCUCGCUGAACGCGGAGGCCGUGAACAACCUGCUCUUCGAACGGGACGACGGCUUGUUAUCCGGCAGGCGCUUCCGCAGGGACUCCGGGAAACCCGCUGGGGACUGUGCCCUGAAGGGCUUGCAGUGCAAAGCUGGGGACAACUGGCCCGCGCUGGAGAAAUCGGCUGUGAAAACCGGGAAAGGAAAGAAUCGGCCCGAGCCCAGUCAGAAAUGCAACAGCUGCGAGCAUUCGCUGGACGAGGUCUUUGACGAUGGGACAAAGAGGGAGGACGGAGCCGCCUCCUACCAUCCCACCCCAAAGAGACUGGCCAGCCUCAACGCCGUGGCCUUCCUCAAGCUGACCCACGAGAAAGACCAGCCUCUGAAGCCGCGGAGUAAAUCGGACGGAGAGGGCAAGUCCGAGAACCACUGCUCGAAAUCCAUGCUCAAAUGGGCCAAAGCCGGGAGGAAGAACUGUGUCAAAUCCAAGAAGGAAGCGACCAGCUUAAAAAUGGACGGACAGCACGGCUGGCAAGGCCAGACCCUGGGCACCUUUGGGAAAGGGGAGCAGCGGGACUCCUCCAGGCUCUACGGGACGACAGAGCCCGUCCCCUACGAGUCACUGUCCGGCUCCUACGCAAGCACCGAGGGCUUCUACCACAGACUGCCUUUGCUCAUGGGAGGACAAGCUUCCAUGAAGCCAGAGUACGGAAGACCCGGAGAGAAAUCCCCGACCCCCAAACAGGAGUUUCAUCAGCCUUCCUUUCCCGUGCAGCAGUUCCCUCCCUUGCCCGUGCCCGGGAAUCACGCGGAUUGUGGAUGUCUCUACGAAUCCUCGGAUCUGACCCCGUUGAACGGGUUUUACGUUUAUUAUGGCCAAAGCGGAUACAGUGGCUACUCCCCCUGCUCCGUUUACCCCAAGGACGAGCUGUCGCAGGCCGCCACCUGCGAGGGGCUCCUGGUGUCUCCCGGGGCGCUGCCGUCGGGCGCGCCCCUGCAGCCCCUGCACUGGUGCAGCUCCCCGUACUGCUGCGGGCAGGGAGCGGCGCUGAGCAGCUUCAGCGUCUGCGGAGUGGUGCAUGUGCCCGAGGGCCGCGUCGGCAGCGUGACCGCGGGACGGAGCAGCUUCCCCUACAAAAUGCCUUUUGCAGCAGAAGGCUGCAAGUCUCUGGACCAGCUGAACCUCACAAUCCCGGUGGCAGGACACCCCGCCUCUCCUGCCCACCCGCUCUCAGGAUGUCCCGUUCCCAGCGUGCCACCGGCUGCAGAGCCCGUCCCUCACCUGCAGACCCCCAACUCUGACCCUCAGACCAUGGCCCGAGAAUGUCCACAGAGCUCCAAGCCUCCCAGCGGCUCCAAGUCCGGGCUGCGGAACACGCCGGGCUGCCUGCACGCCUCCAACAGCAAAGCGGCGGGAGCGCAUUCCCACCCCAAGCAGCAGCGGAUCAGCCGGCGCAGGGCGACCAACGGCUGGAUCCCCGUGGGCACGGCCUGUGAGAAGGCCGUCUACGUUGUGAACGAGCCCGAGCCAGCCAUGCGCAAGAGCUACCAGGCCGUGGAGAGGGACGGGGAGAUCAUCCGGGUGCGCGACACUGUGCUCCUCAAAUCCGGGCCCCGCAAGAAAUCCAUGCCCUACGUCGCCAAGAUAUCGGCGCUGUGGGAAGACCCCAAGACAGGGGAGCUGAUGAUGAGCCUCCUGUGGUAUUACAGACCAGAGCACACUCAGGGAGGCCGCAACCCCAGCAUGCACCAGAACGAGAUCUUUGCGUCCCGGCACCAGGAUGAGAACAGCGUCGCCUGCAUCGAGGAGAAGUGCUACGUGCUGACCUUCGCAGAGUACUGCAGAUUUUGUGCCUUGGCAAAGCGUCGAGUCGAAGGGAUCCCAGGCAGGAAAACCAUCAUGGUUCCUCCCUCGGAGGAAUAUUCCACCCCUCUGCACCGCAAGGUGCCCGAGGACACGGACCCCGAGCUGGUUUUCCUCUGUCGUCACGUCUACGACUUCAGGCACGGGCGCAUCCUGAAGAACCCCCAGUAGGAGCCUCCUUCCGCCGGAGCGCGGCGGGAAUGAGCCGAUGGUCCGGGACACCUGGGCACUCCCGACUCACCUUGUGCUGCUGCAGGUGGGAGCGCCCAGCGCUCCGUCCUGGGACUCGGGAGCGCGCGAGAGGAGCGGAGCCCGCGGAGGGGAGGCAGCGGUUGAAAGCACAGCACUUCGUUUAAAAAGCAUAAAUGAAAAUAUAUACGUAUAAAAUAAAUAUAUGUAUAUAGAUAUAGGGAUUUGCAUACGUAAAUCUAUAUCUAUAUAUGUAUCUAGAGAUGCAUCUAUUGGUAAGGUUUGCAGGGGAUAAAAGGCAGGAAGCGAUGCAGAGCCACGGUUGGGAGAGGCGGGAAGGUGCAGGAGGGAUGUGGCGGGGCAGCGUUGAGUCCGGCUGGGACAGGUCGGGGGGUUUCGGUGGGAACUUGGCAGAGCACAGGAGAGUCUCCAUUGUCCCACAGGACAGACUCUGAGGAUUCCCAGUGGGUGAGAGCUUCUUCAAAAUACAGCUUUGGGAGCUGCCUGGAUGCAGAGUGGCCUUGUGUCGUGCUUGGAUAGGUGUUGCUCCAUCAGGGGAAGAGGUGGCCCCUGUUCUCCCUUGUCUUUCUCCUCCCCUCACCUCGCUGCUCCAGGAUUCACCACCCGGACUGGGGCUUGGAGCAGAGGGAGCUGCCAGGGUCGCAGGUGUCACACCCCAGUGCAGGGUUAGAGCUGGGCCUGUCCUAGGUGUCCUGACUGUGCCCAGAGGGUCUCGUACCCUAUUCCCAAAGCCCAGUGCCCACCGGUGCGCGUCGCUCAGAAGGUUGGAGCUCACAAAGUGGGCUCUGCCAGUGAGAACCACGUUUCCUCUUCUCUUCCGAGUGUUGCUCUUCCUCUGAUGGCUCAGGGGGCCGUGGGUUUUCCCUUCCUUCCCAGUUUGUUUCCUGUAAUGUCAUUUACAGUCCCUGCUUAUCCCUGUGUGUGUGCAGUGGGAAGCAGCCAGAGGGGGAAGUGGCAAACCCUUUUUUUGUGUUUUUGGCUUGUUUAACUUCCCCUCCCUCCCCACGUGACUGUCCUGAUCCUGGGCCUGCUGUUGAAGCCAUUGGCAGCCUCCCUUCUCCAAACUCAUCCUGGUGUUCGAGCUGGCUCACCAAAGUGGCUCUGUGGCUCCCGAAAGGACCUGAGCAUCGGGAAAGGUUCGCAUGGACCAUGCGGCCCAAGCCCCGCAGGUCCUGCCUCUUGCCUUACCUGUACAGAUCCCAGAUGGCACUUAGAUCCCAGACAGCCCUUUAGCUUGUCUCAACGCAAACUUGGAGUUAAUCCCAAAGCAAACCAAAGGACAGCGUCAAAUCCCGGGGAGUCCCUGCCCCAAGCUGGGAGCCCAGCCCGAGAUUGCACUACUGGACAGAAGGAGAACCAAGCCUGUGUCACCCAAUUCCUGCUGGCGGAGCAGCCCACUGAAAUGAGGGAUCUGUGUUUUCCCAGUCUUCUGGGGCUUUUGAAAUGGUGUUCCAUGGUGGAAGCGUCCAUUCUGCUUUAGUGUUGUCCUGUCAGUGGAAGCAGCAUUCCCUGUAUUCCCUUGGGAUGCCAGGCUGGUCUCCUGUCUUGCUCCGACAGCCACCCGCCUGCCCGGCCUGAAGAGAGAACCCCACAGCAUCCAAUCCCUUACAUGGAAUAGUCUGGGAAUGCAGGAGUUCUCCAGAGAUUUGCUCUACAUACCAAAGAGGGGACUGUGUCCAGAGAUGAUGGUUUGAGGGGAUGACAAGCCUGGAACCCACCGCGGUGGGCAGGCAUCUCCCUGCUGCCGGUGGGCGAUUCCCGCUGGAAAAUUCCUGUUUAUUCCCUCCUGCGCAGCCCAGGAAGAACACCUGGCUGUGGCAGGUGGGAUCCCAGGUGUGCAAGCAAAAAUUGGCAGGUGAAGCAUCUUCUCUCAUACCUCAAGAUACUGUUGGUGUCAAAGGGAUCACCCGGAUCUCUCCUUAACAAUUCUCUUGGCACUGGGGGUCUCUUGGAAUGACUGGGGGGGCUGUGCUGGGGUGGGAGGUGGCAGCACUUUGAGGACAGUCGGAUGAAGGGGUGUAAGGAGGCGUUGGAGGACGUGGUCUCUGCUGUUUCUGGUGGAGGAUAUGGAAUGGUUUUCCCCCGUAGCUGGGAGGGAGUAGGCUGGAGAAGCGGAGCUGCUCCUGCCUGUGGCAUGGAGGGAAUGGGCAGAGCAGUUAGGGCAGACCGGAGCAGCUGCACCCCGGGGUGGGCGGGAGGUGAUGGGAAAUCCUAAAUCCACAGUCUGGCUCCAUGGGGACUCCUGUGCCCCCCAGCCUGAAGCAGGUGAGCUGCCAUGGCUAUUUCCCUCUGGCGGCGCCAUUGGACAUGGAAUGCUGCGAGACCCACCCGCUGGGAGAACCUGAGCACUGCUGCAGUCAGGGCCUUGGAACCUCUGAAAUUCCUCCUUCUGCCCCCUCUCUCCCUGCUCCCACCUUGCCCUGGCUCCUCUCCAGGUAGCAGAGAAAUUAUCCUUGCCCUGGGUCCAGAACGGGCUCCGACCUGGCUCUGGAAAGGACAAACCUGACUCUUCUCAUGCUGAAUCUGCUUCAGGCCAUGGACAUUGAGGUUCACGUGGUUGCUGAUGCUGUUGUGCAAACAGCAUGUAAAUGAAUUGAAAUGUCUUAUCCCUAAUGAAAAGAUUUCCUGCUUUUUUAAUCUAUUAGAUAUGGAAAUAUUUUUUGAAACUGAAAAAAAAAUGCAGUCGGUAGAAUUUAAAUCGAAGCGUUAAUACAUGUAAAAUAUAUUUUAGUUGAUAAUUUUGUAAAAUGCACUUUUUUGUGUCUCUUCCCUGGUUUCCCAGAUCUGUAUUUCAGUGUUUACAGAUGGAAUGAGAACAUUCCCUAUUCCCUCCUUCUGUGAAAAAGAUAUAUUAGAAGUAAUUCUUAAAAAAUAAAUUUGAAAAAUCGUAUUGAUUUAGAAAACAAA